AUGGUUAUUAUCGCCACCCGUGCGACGAGUAUCCAAAUUGUUGACACAUUUUACUUUAUGACACGAACUGGCGUUUCUCAUCAUACGGGUCCCAAACACGUCGAGCGUCAAGCAGGUCAUUGCGAAACUAUGACACCCAUGAAGACAAAAGAUUCAGAGCAAACAUGUUAUCAAACGCUUUCCUAA